CAAACACGGAAACACAACUUGAGUCCCUUUCUUUUUGGUAACUUUCUUCUCUCUCAAUACUGUUAAAUUCUGAGCAGAGCUUAUGGAUGUCAGUGAGGAGGAGUUUGCCCCCCUGAUGAACCGUGACUUGGAGGGCAGCCUCAGGUCCAGUUCCAGCGCUGGUGCCAGUUUAGAAGUGCAUCUUUACUUUGUCCCGUCCACGAAGGACGCGUCAACAAUGCACAUAUCCUGCAGCCAAAUCUGCGCUGAAGAUGUCUGCAUACAAGCUGCCAAAAAAUGUGGAAUUCUGCCAGUUUACCAAACUCUGUUUGGGCUGGCAUCUUGGGACGGCUCAUUCUGGUACCCUCCGUCACACACCUUUCAUUCGGAAGAAAACGUCCACGUCCACUUCAGGGUCCGGUUUUUCUUUGGAAACUGGUUCGGACAGGGCCCAAGGGCCACAUACCGCUACAGCCUGACCCGUGACCGGAUCAGUCCAGUUCUGGACUAUGCUGUCAUUGAAUAUCUCUUCGCUCAGCUACGAUGUGACUUCAUCUCAAGUGAGGCCGGAGUGGCUCCACCUUUGAGCACUCAAGAGCAGUGUCUCGGCCUGGCGGUGCUUGAUUUGUGGAGGAUGGCGAAAGAACGUCAUCAGAGUGUACAAGAGCUCUGCAAGUCUGUGAGUUACAAGUCAUGCCUGCCGGAGUCGCACCGCCAAGACAUCCAAAGGAGGAACCGCCUCAAUCGUUUUCGCAUCCGAAACACUCUGAAGCAUUUUCUGAAGAAGCUGGUAAACUGCUCUGUGGACGAGUGCAGCUUGAAAGUGAAGUACCUGCUUGAGCUGGCCAGUAUUGUUCCUGCCCUGGGAUCUGAGUCCUUCUGUGUGAACACUUCAAGUUCAUGCCAAACUUUUACCCUUCUGCGUGUGUCUGGAGAAACCGGGAUUGAAACCGGUGGAGGGCAACAUUCUGGUGAAACGGAAUGGCAGAUGUUUUGCGAUUUCAAAGAAAUCAUUGACAUCACCAUCAUAAGAGUGUCCCACGAGCAGGUUUCCGAGGACGAUCGGAUGGUGACCAUAACUCGCAAUGACGACAAGUGUCUGGAAGCCACGUUCAAGGAUCUCAGAGACGCUCACUCCUUUGUCUCACUGGUGGAUGGAUACUUCCGACUGACCACAGACUCCACACAUUACUUCUGCCAAGACAUCACCCCGCCGAGCAUCCUGAGCAGCCUGUCUAACCACAGCCACGGGCCGAUCACGUCGGAGUUCGCAGUCCACAAGCUGAAAAAGUUAGGGUGUAGAGGAGGAGCGUUCCUUCUCCGGCAGAGCCCUAAAAACUACGACAACUUCUUCCUCACUGUCUGUGUGCAGACUCCUCUGGGACUGGAUUAUAAAGACUGCCUGAUCAUCAAAAAUGAAAAGUACAGUCUCCCUGGUGUUUCCAAAUUAUUCUCCAGCUUAAAGGAACUCACCAAAUAUUGCCAGCACAACAAACUGCUGCUGGCGGAAAUUCCUGUCAAGUUGGGCCGAUGCUGUCCACCUCGCCCCAAAGAGCUGACCAACCUCAUCAUCGUACGCAACAGCAGCACAGUGGGCACUGAAGGAUCCCAGACUCUAGAAAAGAACAAAUUCAAUGAUAUCCAGUUCCACAUGAUCAAGUUUGAAGAUCUGACGUGGGGUGAGAGCCUCGGUCAAGGAUCCUUUACCAGAAUAUUUCGAGGCACCAAAACCGAAGUUCGUGAUGGAGAGAAGAAACAGACAGAGGUUCUUCUCAAGGAGCUGGAUGUGGAUCACAAGAACUGCUGGGAGUCGUUCUUCGAGGCUGCCAGCGUGAUGAGUCAGAUUUCUCACAAACACCUCCUGCUGGUGUACGGUGUGAGCGUGCGCGGAUCCACCAACGUCAUGGUGCAGGAGUUUGUCAAGUACGGGGCCCUCGACCUUUACUUGAAGAGAGGGAGGUCGGUGUCUGUGAGCUGGAAACUGGACAUCACCAAACAGCUGGCCUCUGCCCUCAACUUCCUGGAAGAGAAGAACAUUGUCCACGGAAAUAUCUGCGCCAAGAACCUUCUGCUGGCCAGAGAGGGAGAUCUGUCGCAGGGCAGCUCGCCCUUCAUCAAGCUCAGUGAUCCGGGAAUCAGUGUGACGGCACUGGGCAGGCAGGUCAUCCUGGACAGAAUUCCCUGGGUGGCCCCGGAGGUCCUGGAUGCUCCAGAUCACUUGACCCUGGAGUGUGACAAGUGGAGCUUUGGAGCCACCGUAUGGGAGAUCUUCAAUGGUGGGAAAGCACCUCUGCACGGCUGCGACCUUCAGAUGAAGCAGCAGUUCUACGAGAACCUGCAGCAGCUGCCCCCCUCCCAGUGGACCGAACUGGCCGAUCUGAUCGAUCAGUGCAUGAACUACCAGCCAGACUUCAGGCCGCCGUGCCGCAGCAUCAUCCGACAGCUCAACAGCUUGAUCACAUUAGACUAUGUGAUUCUGCACGCCACCGAGCCGGUCUCUGAGUCUGCCCUGAGCAGAACCAUCAGUCUGCACCACCAGACUUUAUUUGAGGAGCGACACCUUCGCUACAUUUCACUACUGGGCAAAGGGAACUUUGGCUGCGUGGAAUUGUGCCGUUACGACCCUCUAGGCGACAACACGGGUGAGCUGGUGGCCGUGAAGAAGCUCCAGGCCACCAAGCAGUCCACCAUGCAGGACUUCCAGAAGGAGGUGGACGCGCUCAGCCGGCUGCAUUGUGACUACAUCGUGAAGUAUCGUGGAGUCUGUUACAGCGCAGGCCGCCUCAGUAUGAGCCUGGUGAUGGAGUAUCUGCCCCACGGGAGCCUCAUCGGAUACAUGGAUAAGAACCGAAGCCGGAUCAACACUCAACGCAUGCUGCUCUUCGCCUUGCAAAUCUCAAAGGGGAUGGAGCAUCUGCAGACCCUGCGCUACGUCCACCGGGACCUUGCAGCCAGAAACAUCCUGGUGGCCAGUGACACGCUGGUGAAGAUCGCAGACUUCGGACUCACCAAGAUCAUCCCUUUCGACAAGGAGUAUUACAGAGUCACGCAGCCGACAGAAAGUCCCAUCUUCUGGUAUGCUCCAGAAUCUAUCCAGGAAUCCCGCUUCUCCCAGAUGUCGGACGUGUGGAGCUUCGGCGUGGUGCUUCACGAGCUCUUCUCUCUGUGUGACCCCAACUGCAACCCCAAAAGACUCUUCAUGCAGGCGAUCGGACACAGCGUCCAGGGUCCGUCCAUCUCCAUGCACCUUGUGAAUAUUUUGAAGGACGACUGGAGGUUACCAGCUCCUCUUGACUGUCCAACCAAGGUGUAUGACGUGAUGAAGCAGUGCUGGACGUAUAACUUUGAGGACCGACCUUGCUUCUCCAUCCUGAGCGACCAAAUUGAAAACCUCAUGCAGGAGAGUCUGAAGUGCAACUGAGACGUUUCUUCUGGUCCUGUGAUCAUUUACCUUCAGUAGAUGACGGUCCUCCUUCCUCCAUGGUGACAGGAGAAUGGCUUGACAUUUACGUUGUUAAACUCAGGAAGAUGUUUCCGAUGUGGGAUGUAUAUUAGUUAUGCAAAAAGAAUCUGUGACUAUUUUAUUCAAAA